AAGUGUCCAAUGUGUCAUGGCGCACUUUCGGAAAAGAAAAAGCACUGAAAUGAUUCAAAAAGACUUUGAACUGGACCGAAAGUUGGUGUUGGCAUCGAAGGAGGGUGAUUUUGAAGAAGUCAAAAGAUUAGCCGAACUCGGUGCAUCUCCUGAUUCAACCGAAUACAACAAGAAUUUGUUCUAUGCAUCUCAAAAUUAUACGACCCCUUUACAAAAUGCUGCGGCAAAUGGGUAUCAUGAGAUUGUUCAGUAUCUCAUUGAAAAGGGAGCUGACAUCAAUGCCAAAGACCGUUUUGAUGUGACAGCAUUACACAUGGCAGCAGAAAUGGGCCACAGGGAAUGUCUCCAAAAACUUCUCGAUGCUGAGGCCUUAUGCAAUGUUGGAACCAAGUACUCUAAGCAGGGAUCUUACACAGCUUUUCCUCAUGCAGGGGGGACAACUCCAUUACAUCUGGCAGCUGCCAAUAAUCACAUUGACUGUGUCACGAAGCUGAUCUGGGACGGAGCAGACUACAAUGCAGUGGACGAGUUUGGCCGCACAAGUCUGUACAUAGCAGCCCAGAAGACAUUUGAGGAUUGUGUUCAUGCUCACCUCAAUAAUGCCAUAUGGAAAGACAUUUUGUCCCUUCCGUCAAAACAGACAGGCGACACUCCUCUACACGAGUGUGUGAAGAAUGGCAUGCUGUCCUGUGUGGAGUCAUUGUUGAAACGAGGCUCUGACGUGAACCAUAAGAAUAUGGCGGGUUUCAGUCCUCUUCACUUAGUUGUCCAAGCCAACAAAACCUUCUCUAUGGACAUGCUGAGACAGCUAGUUAUGAAUGGGUACAACACUGAUGUCAAUAUUCCAGAAUCUCUCGGCUACAGCCCACUCCACUAUGUGUGUUUCCACGAGACCUCCAUGCAGGAAAGGCGACCCGAGGCUGCUGCACUACUGAUUGCCUAUGGAGCGUCAUAUAAAAUCUUAAAUCGACAAGGUGAUAACGUGCUUCAAUACGAACUCCGCAACAAAAACACAGACCGAACAAUUCUGCAUGCCAUUGUAAAAAGUGAGGCCUACCUUCCAACAUUAGAAUCUCUUGGUGCAGUGUCAGCACAUAUAUUACCUCCUGAUGCUCGGGAUCCCCGUCAUCAAGGAAUCAUGAAUUUGAAUCGGUCAGAUGAACAGUAUGCCAAGUUGUCCUGGUACCGUGACCUGUGUAAGGAUCCACGCCCCCUCCAGCACUACUGCAGGUGUGUGAUCCGCAACACAGUAGGGGUGAGGCGCCUCAGUAAAAUUGAUACUCUGCCACUCCCAACAACCCUGAAGGAGUAUCUGCAUUUGACUUUAGAAGAGUUCAGGUCGUGAAGUUGCUUCAAGGUGUUUGUUUUCAUUGUUUGUUGAUUAUGACCACAUUUAUAUGUUGGGCAUGAAUGUGUUACGAUACAGAAUCUCAGCUGCUCAUUGAGAUUUUGUACUAACGAGGCAUAAAGUUUGACCAAUGCUAUCUUGUUCAGUUACGAUAUAUUUAAUGGCUAAUAUAUAGGUAUUGAAGGUAAAGUGAGAACUCAUCUGUCUUGUUACACCAUUCUUAUUUGUCAUUCAUAUCUUGCAUCUAACAUUUCCAAAACUAAUCGUCACACAGUUUACUUGACUUGUCCAUUCAUCAAGAAGAUUAGUGUCAACUUAUUGUUCAUUUCUCAUCAAAAAAAGUAUUUUUUCUGCGAUGUUCAUGAUUGACACCAGAAAUUUAAACUGAAUCAUGUACAGGGACCAUACCAUUUGACACAUUUUGUCAUCAAAUGUCUCUCCUUUGUCAGGAAAACCCAAGCAUUAAAAUAUGUGUCAACUUCUAGUCAUUUAAAGCAGUGCUUUUUGUAGAUUUUUUUCUCUCACAAUUUUGAAGAAUCAUUCCCAUUACUAAGAUAUUAAGUAGGUUCUCAAAAAGGUGGCUAGUCCCAGAGGGACAGCAUGAGUCGAGGACUCAAAUAUCUGAGACCCAAAAAUCAGUGUUAAAAUUAUAAGUUAACGUUAGUGCAGGCAAAUUCGCCAUGCACUUAAUUUCGCCACCCUGUGACGAAAAUGACAUGAUGUCAUAAUACAUAAGAUGUGACGUAAAUAACGUCACCAUAGUCUUUAACUUAUAACACAGUUAAAGCCUUCAAACAUUUUGACAAGAGGUAUAAGAAGGGAAAAGUUAUUUAAUUAAUCAAAACAGUUAUGAAAUGUCUUGUAGCGCACCAAAUCUUAAAAAAUUGGUUUCUGCGACGGACAUCUCGUCAACUAAACUCAUUAAUCUGAGGCCUGUUGGUUGUGAUUUAGUGUAAAUGCAUAACAUACAAAUUUAAAAUACCCAUAUCUCAAUGUAAGUAAAUUGUUUUUCUACAAGUCAGUGUACUUUGGUACAUAUCAUGUACAUAAUUACUGACGACCCAAUGCUUGUUUAUGAAAAUGAUGCGCGGAAAGAUUUGAUCAUUCAUUUUCCAUUUUCAUGCAAUAUGUAUUUAGAAAACAAUCAACCAGUAUAUUUGAGAGAGAAAAAAAUUGCGUCUAAUGUAUUCAGCCAUCUUACAACACUUUAAUUAAAAUACCAUCUAGAAAUUUGCUAGAUUUAUAUUUGAAAAGAAUUUGUUGUCGGCCUGAAAGUACAAGUACGUACUGUUGUACAAUCGCUGAUGAUAACGACAGACAGUUACCAAAGGCUGAAUUUUACAUAGAAAAGAAAGUACAUAUUUACAACACAUGGGGGGCAAUCUGUUGAAUAAGUUUUCAAGUCCAAAAAAAUCGUUUUUAUCUGUCAGAUGUUUUCCGUUGAUGUGCAAGUUGAUUGAAGAUAUAGAUUCUACAUGUGACAUCCAAAAGUCGGGGGCGACUGUGAAAGCCCUGGAGCCUCUCAUCCGGACUCAACUGAAAAAAAUAAUUGGGCACCGAUUGGGAAGUUUAGAUUUGUUCAGGAUUGAGUCUUGAUUGCAAUGCAUGUAAAUUGACCUCAUAUCAGCAGAUCCCAGCCAUCUUACUCAAACAGCAUUAACCAGUUUCUUCAAGUUAUCAAAAAUUAACUAUCACGACUAAGAAAAGCCAUUUAUUUCAAUGUUAAUCAUUGUUACACACACACAUUUGGAGCUGUUCGUAUCAGUACAGCUUGUGUAACAUAAACAUACAACAUUUUACAUUUGAACACUUACAUUACUUGCAAAUUAGUGAAAUGUUUGAAGGUGGCGAAAACUUUCUGCAUAUUUGAGCAAAACAGCGGAAUGCCUGAUGACAUCACAAAUGUUGCUGCGUGACGUCAUUCAGGCGUUUUUACAACAAUGUUUAUUUACAGGAAUUUCAGUCAAAUCUUCUGUACUGGUGCAUGUUGCCAUUUCGAUACAUGCAUAUUUGUUCGAAUUAUUAACUGAAACCCUUACUAAUGUGACGAAUUUGCCUUCACUAACGUUAACUAUUAUACUGUCAAAAGUGAGAGGAAAUAAGGAAAAAACAAAUCAUGAAAUAAACUAGAAGUCAGUUAAAUUUGUUUCUGUCACAAAAAUCAUGCCAUCUCGUUGUAAUCAUACUAGAAUAUGUGUAGUACAAAAUCUAGGUUGAGAUUUUUUUUUUCAGUUUGCUUUGUAAUCAUGUUAAGUUUUAAACAGAAAAGUAAUCAAGUUGAAUUUUACACUUACAGUACAGUUCAUACUUAACGGUUCUUCCACUUGAAUUUGUGAUACAUAUUUGUACAUACUGUAUUAUUACAGAAUAUUUCUGUGGGCAGAUAUUUUUGUUAUCCAAAGACUAAUAUGAUUGUGUGUGUAGAAUUACACAGAAAUGAAACAUAAACAGUGAUGUUUUUGUGUCACCUGAGCUUUAGCUCAAGUGACCUACUGCUAUCCCUCUUCGUCCGUCGUGCAUUAAUAUUUUACAUUUUCAACUUAAGCUGAAAUACUGUCUAAGGGAUUUCGUUGAUACUUCUUGGGAAUGUUACUGACAACUCCCUGACCAAGUGUUGUUAUUUUUCGGGUCAAUCAGAAAUCCAAUAUGGACGUCACGGCCCCCAUUUUUAAAAACAAUUUCAAACUUACAGUCAAGUACUACUGGGCCAAUUUAACUGAAACUUGGUAGGAAUGGUCGACUCAUGGUCCUGACAAAGUUUAUUUUCUUCAGGUCGAUCAAAAAUCCAAUACGGCCGCCACGACUGCCAUUUUGGAAUAAAACUAUUUAAAACUUAAAAUAGGCCGAUUUAACUGAAACUGGGUCUAGGAAUGGUCAACUCAUGGUCCUGA